AUGGUUCUUAAGGCCUACUGCUUUUGGGCUCUCCUCCUCCUGCUCUGCCUCCCAGCUACUUCCUUCUUCGUCUGCAGUGAAGUUUCAUCCUAUAGACACUUUUUCAGGAGGCAUGUGGACAACCCCAAGACGGACCUUCAGAAUGAUCACAACUACUGCAACCGAAUGAUGCGCCACAAGGGUUUGAAAUGUCAACGGAGCAACACUUUCAUCCAUGCCAGCAGCAAACAACUAAUCGCCAUCUGCAGCUCCGGAGGAAAGAAACUGGACGGCAACCAGACCAGCAAAACCCUGUUCCCGAUCACCAUCUGCAUCAAGAGUAACCACCACAGGACCAUUUUUUGCAAGUACCAAGGGAGGAGUGAGAUCAGGAAGAUCCGAGUCACUUGCUCUAAGGGCCUUCCGAUCCACUACAUUACCCACACUUGA